CCAACAUCAGAAAGACGGAUUGCUUCUUUGUCAAUAUCGGCGGAAGAUAUAAAUGAAGCAGCCUGUUCUCCGACCUCAGUGUCCAGCAGCAUCGCAACAUGGCAAUCGGCAGAGCAAUUCUCGCGGCUAGUGCAGUUCUUUGCUUCUCACAGGUCCUGGAGGCCGGUGGGGUGAGACGCUCAACGGACACGAGUUCCGCCGUCAACCAGCUGCAGGAAGCUGUAACCAAGGCACAACAAGCUGUCAGCAGCGUGGCCACCGAAGUGUCACAAGCUCUGGGGCUGCCUGAGCCCGAGACCGUGGCCAACACUCUGCAUAAUCAGUCCCUGAGCUUUGCACGCACAGUGGGAGAGUUUGUCGGACAGAUCCAGAACGAGAUCACCGCACAUCAGGGUGAAUUCUCCAGCCUGCUACAGUCUGUUGCUACGAAGUGGAAUGAGACCGCCACAAGCCUGCAGACCUACACUCCUGAAGUGAGAAAAACUGCUCAGGAAGUACAGACGUCUUUCAGCUCUGGGCUCCAGUCCUUUUUCGAUGAAGUCCAAAAGAUCGUGAAUGCCAUCGGCCCCAACGCACAGUCAGCCAGCGAGAAUCUGAAGCAGAUCACUCGCACAGCUCUGGACAGGGUGCAGGAAACAGCCAACGAAUUCAAGAGCAGCCUGCAUGCUGUCACCCAAAACCAGCCCGCUCAAUAACUAGCCUGCCACAUGCGUGAUUUCCUCGUGUCAUUUGUAACCCUCAAAAUGCAAUAAAAUUAUUUCUCAAUUCUUAUGA